AUGGAUGCGUUUCUGCUACCUUGGGGAGACAGCCUCAUGUAUGUGUUCCCACUGGUCGCACUCGUAUACAAGAUGCUGCUCAAGAUCUGCAGGGACAAAGUGGAGGUGAUUCUGCUGGCCCCAGCGUGGCCCCCGUCAACACUGGUACACCACGCUUCUAGAGCUGUCAGUGGACACCCCGAUCGUGCUACCACUCUGAACCGAUCUGAUCACUCAGGACCACGGCCGCCUCCACCACCCAGACCUCCAGUCCCUCCACCUCACGGCCUGGAAGCUUCAUGGUUAAACCCCAUGGAGCUCCUAUGUUCGGAGCUGCCUCACACCAGUACCCAAGAGCAGAGGCUGCACUCACUGGAUGUUCGGAGAACACUAGCAUUCUACAUCGAGCGCACGAAACCAUUCAGUUAUACAGGGGAUGGCCAUGCAGAUGUGAUUCCCAGUGAUGCAGGUGAUAGAGUCACGCCAGCUGUUGUUGCUUACUCAAAAAACAAAGAGGUUGUUGGUUUGACAGCAAAACAAAGUAGAGGAAGAAAUAUUGCAAACACAGUAGUGAAAAUAAAGAAGAUUCUUGGGAGAAGCUCUGGUGACCCACAAGCUGAGAAAUAUAUUGCAGAAAGCAAAUGUCCAGUCACUGAGAAGAAUGGAAAACUCCAGUAUGAAACAGAUAACAAACUUGUUUGCCCGGAAGAAGUUGCAAAACUCAUAUUCAGUAAAAUGAAAGAAAUUGCUCAGUCUCCUUUGGGUUCCAAUGUCAAUGAUGUGGUUAUUACUGCCAGGGCCACCCUGACUGUACCAUUUGAGUUUGGAGAGAACCAGAAAAAUGCCCUUGGGCAAGUAGCUUGGGCAGCUGGAUUUAAUGUUCUGAGAUUAAUUCAUGAGUCAUCUGCACCUCUCUUUGCAUAUGGAAUUGGACAAGAUUCACCCACUGGGAAAAGCAAUGUGUUGGUUUUUAAGUUGAAUGGAGCAUCGCUUUCUGUGAUAGUUAUAGAAAUAAAUAGGGGUAUAUAUCGUGUUCUUGCCACAAACACAGACGAUAGUAUAGCUGGUGUCUGUUUCACAGAAGACUUAGCACAACAUUUAGCUUCUGAAUUUCAGAGAUCUUAUAAACAUGAUACAAGAGGAAAUUUCAGAGCUAUGAUGAAGCUAAUGAACAGCACUGAUGUUGCAAAACACUCUUUGUCAACCUUGGGAAGUGCAAACUGUUAUGUCAACUCAUUAUAUUAUGUUCAUGGAUUUUUGACUCCCUUUCCAUUUUGUCUCUUGUAUACAGGCAAUGGGUACUUUACUACUUUUCAACAUCUUUUACUUCUUGAUUUCCCAAUUAUUGUUCCCAUGUUCACGGAAGCCAAAUGUAGUUCUCAGUACAUGUACCCAGAAUGUGGUAGCCUUUUCCCACUUUCCACAGCCAUCAGGCAAAGCAGUUGUGCAUUGCUUACAGGGGACACCCUCGUAUGUAGUGAUACACUCCCUGAAGACAAGAACCCAUGUGUGAUUGGUGCAAUUUUUACAAACUGGCUCGUCAACCCUGACCUUCUUGAAUUGAAAUCAGUCACUUUUCCUAGGUGGACUGCCUACCGUGGCUAA